AUAAUUAUGCAAUUUAUUUAUAUUUUACCUUACGAAAGUUCUCCAGUGAGCAGAUUCGACUCGAUUCUAUUUUCUCUAGUGACUAGUCUCGACAAAAAAAUUGAGCUCAGUACUCAAAUCUCUGACUCCUUUCGGUUUGACCCCUAGAUAGCAGAGAACACAGCCCGUGUUUAAACCCUCCGACGAGCUCUCCGGCAGCCAUGUACGGGGGAGAUGAAGUGUCAGCUAUAGUGGUUGACUUGGGCUCGCACACUUGCAAGGCUGGUUACGCCGGCGAAGAUGCUCCCAAGGCCGUCUUCCCUUCCGUUGUUGGGGCGGUAGAUGGAGUUGAGGCGAUGGAUGUGGAUGCUGAUUCUGCGAAGAACAAUUCGAACUCUGAGGAUUCGAAGACCAACGAGUCUGACAAAGAAAAGGGGAAACGUAAGCUGUAUGUGGGAUCUCAGGCCUUGAAUUACCGCCGGGAUCAUAUGGAGAUAUUGUCACCCAUCAAAGAUGGCAUAGUUUCUGAUUGGGAUUUGGUGGACAAUAUAUGGGAACAUGCUUUCAGGGGUUGUCUGAUGAUUGAUCCUAAGGAGCACCCCAUGCUGCUAGCUGAGCCUCCUUUAAACACCCAACAGCAGAGAGAGAAGGCGGCAGAGCUAAUGUUUGAAAAAUACAAAGUUCCAGCUUUGUUUAUGGCUAAGAAUCCUGUUCUCACGUCUUUUGCUACUGGGCGUGCUACUUCAUUGGUUGUGGACUGCGGUGGAGGAUCCACAACUAUAUCACCGGUUCAUGAAGGUUAUGUCCUUCAAAAGGCGGUUGUAUCUGCUCCAAUUGGAGGGGAGUUUCUCACUGACUGCCUACUGAAAAGCUUGGAGAGUAAAGGAAUCAAAAUAAGACCUAGAUACUCUUUCAAGAGAAAGGAAGUACGACCAGGGGAAUUCCAGGUUGAGGAUGUAGGUGUUCCUGACACCACGGAUAGCUACAAGCUCUUCUGUCAGAGGAUGAUAGUGGGUGAUAUCAAGGAUUCUAUUUGUCGUGUUCCUGAUACUCCUUAUGACGACAAAUCGUAUGCAAACAUCCCAACUACGUCAUACGAGCUUCCUGAUGGCCAGACGCUCGAGAUCGGUGCUGAUAGGUUCAAGAUUCCUGAUGUGAUGUUCAACCCGUCAAUAGUUCAGACAAUUCCUGGGAUGGAGAAGUAUGGAGACAUGAUUCCUACUGUUCGUGGGUUGCCACACAUGGUCAUGGAGAGCAUCAACAAAUGUGAUGUGGAUAUCCGGAGAGAGUUGUAUAGUAGCAUACUGCUUGCUGGUGGCACAUCAUCGAUGCAACAAUUGAAAGAACGCCUCGAAAAGGACUUGAUAGAAGUAUUGUGUUCUCCCUCUCUCUUUUGUGCUCGCUUGUUAACAUUCCUUGAUUUCGAAAAUGGUUCAUCAUCUGCUCUCUUUCGUUCGUUUCAGGAAUCUCCUCACUCGGCUCGAGUUAAAGUGUUGGCGAGCGGUAACACAACAGAAAGAAGAUUCAGUGUAUGGAUAGGAGGGAGUAUAUUGGCAUCACUGGGCUCAUUCCAACAGAUGUGGUUCUCCAAAUCUGAGUACGAGGAACAUGGCGCUUCGUACAUUCAGAGAAAGUGCCCUUAAAACAGCUUCUGAAUCUGUUGAACCUGAGAAGAACAAAACUUGAAAACUAAGCGGAUGUGUUACUUUUAAUGGUUUAUCAUUGUUGUUCUUGCUACUUUUCACCUUAUCUUCAUUGCGUGUUAGACAUCGUCACAUCAACAACAUUUCAGUUUUUAAGCGCUAUCUAUUA